AUGAGGCGCUGUCUCCCUGGGUUCCUCUUCCUCCUGGUGAUCUCAUUGCCUUCAGGGAAUGGCUUGUUUGGAAACGAUGGAGUAGAAGUUCGCAGCUGCUCUGUACUUGGUGGCAGGUGUUUCUUUGGUUGUAAAUCAGGAUGGGAGUGGUUGGCAUACUGUCACAGCAUAAUGUCUUGUUGCAAACCAUUGAAGGAAUUCAUACCCCCCCAGGCCUAUGAGGUUUCUGGGUCCAAUUAA